UCACUUCCUCCUGAUAGAUGUUAACCUUUUGGCUCAGUGAAGUUAAACCGUUUUUGCUCCUCUGAGGACAAAAUGACUCCAGGUAACGUCGCAUGGGCAUGUUUCAUAUUUUGGACUGCAGGUGUAUGCGAGUGCGUCCUGAUCACUCAGUGGCCCAGAGAGAUUAUCAGUAACUCGAGGGCACAAAUGCACUGCUACCAGAACGACACCGAUUAUGAAUAUCUGUACUGGUACCGACAGCUUAGAGGAGGACAGAUUCAGCUCAUCGUGUAUUUGCUGGCUGGCAACCCGAACUAUGAGCCAGACUUUAAAUCCGGCUUCGAAGCAGAGCGCUCGCAGACGAAGCAGUGGUCUCUGACUGUCUCCAGCGUUGAGCAGAAAGACGAGGCCGUGUAUCUGUGUGCUGCCAGUCUCACUGGUGAAUCUGAAGCUUACUUUGGAGCUGGAACUAAACUCACUGUUUUAGCUGCUGGGGCAACAGCCACUGAACCAAAAACAGUGAAAAUCCUUCCACCUUCACACCGUGAGUGUAGAGACCAGAAGAAGGACAAAGGGGAGAGGAGGAAGACCCUGGUGUGCCUGGCGUCUGGUUUCUACCCGGAUCAUGUCAGCGUGUUCUGGCAGCUCAACGGCCAGAACAUCACUGAUGGUGUGGCGACCGACGCCGCCGCCAAGAAGAAUGAAAGCUCAGGAACGUACUCCAUCACCAGCAGGCUGAGGCUGCGGGCCAAGACCUGGUUCAACCCUGGCAAUUUAUUCAGUUGUUACGUCACAUUCUUUAAUGGAACUAACUACAAAAUCUACACAGCAUCCAUUAAGCCAAAUGAAACGGACAAGGGGAUGACACGAGAGAAAUACCUGAAAAUUACCCAGAACGCCAAACUCUCCUACAGCGCCCUGAUCGUGAAGAGCUGCCUCUACGCCGCCUUGGUCUGCUUUCUGGUCUGGAAGCUUCAGAGUUCACCCAGAAAACAGAAGUGAGCGCUGAACUGAUGCCUGAACAAAGUAACAAUCUUCAGGAGAAACUUUUUUUUCCUUUCUGGUUUCUGUAAAUAAAAUCUCCAGAACACAGAA